AUGGCUUCCCUAGAACUGGACAGCCUUCCUUUCGGAUACUGUACGUACUCCGCCUCGACGGCCACUCUCUCACGGUACCUUCCGGCUGAACGCCUCGUCUCGCUCAACAACUCGGUGGCCCCAAUUUACGCCGACUGGUCGUUGAUCAUCUCAGCACCAGCAGAGAAGAAGAGGAACCAACCGACCGACACACCUCGAGCAACGAACCCCAAGAGGGCCCCACAAUGGACACUGGAGCGGCGGGAGUGGGUCUCGCCGCGUCGUCGUUGUCGGCGGAGGACCCGUCGUCUCGGAGGAUCUCCGCUCGACGCCGUCCAGGCGUGGAGCUUCGGCGUGUCGCACCGAUACCAGCACCUGCUCGACAAAACGACGCCGCACGUCCUCCACAGCUGGCUUGCAACCCUCGGCGUGGCCUUGGUCUACGUCCUCCGCGUCUACUUCGUCCAGGGAUUCUACAUCAUGUCAUACGGCUUGGGGAUCUACCUCCUCAACUUGCUCAUCGGCUUUCUCUCUCCUCAGGUCGACCCGGAGAUCCACGACCUUUCCGACGGCCCCAGCCUCCCGACCCGUGGAUCAGACGAGUUCCGCCCCUUCGUUCGACUCCUCCCCGAGUUUAAAUUCUGGUAA